CCAAUGGAGCUCCAAAAUGGAUCACUGAUUUUCUCUCAUUGGUUUUUGAGGUAGAAAUAUCUUAGACAAUAAUGGCUUUGAGUGGCACUCUUGAGGUGGAGGUUGAGAUCAAAUCAAACCCAGAUGAGUUCUGGAAGAGAAUAAGAGAUUCAACUGAGUUUUUCCCUAAAAACUUCCCUCAUGAUUAUAAAAGCAUUGAAGUUCUGGAAGGAGAUGGGAAAGCCCCUGGCUCGGUUCGUCUCUUUACUUAUGGUGAAGGUUCUCCGCUGGUAAAAAAAUCGAAAGAGAGAAUCGAGGCAGUGGAUGAAGAAAAGAAGAUUUAUGUUUAUCGGGUGAUCGAUGGAGAUCUAUUGAAAUACUACAAAGAAUUUGAGGGAAGCAUAAGUGUUUUUCCAAAAGGAGAUGUUACAUUGGCUAAGUGGUCUGCCAAGUUUGAGAAGACAAGCGAUGAGAUUCCUGAUCCACACGCCAUUAAAGAUUUUGCAUCCAGAAACUUCCAGGAGAUUGAUGCAGGCAUUCAAAAGUUUUAAACUUUAUGAUCUGAACAAGAUGAAUAAUAUCACUAAGGUAGUCUAAUCUACAAAUUAAAAUAAGGGACUUCAAGAGUUGUGUGUUGUAUUUAAUCCCUUAAUCUCCUGUUCUAGAAUAAGGCAGUACUGGAUAAUCUACUUGCACCCAUUUGUCUUUCAUGUUAAGUUCAUGCUUUGUAGUUUUUAUCGUACCUAUUCGUGUUGCAAUAUAGUGAUUUACUCAGAUAC